AUGGACGAGGAAUCGAGCCCAGAUCGUUUAAGUGUUUUUGAUGUUUCUCUUUCUCAUCCAUUGACUCGGGCUCCUGAUAUCAGACGCCGUCAAGGAGGCCAGGGUCGCGUUAGUUGUGGAUAUUACUAUGGGGAUACGCAAUCUCCUUUGUAUAUGGGAACAGACUCAACCUGUACAACUGCAUAUCCUCUGGGAAUUUGGGGUUCCUGUAUCUAUAGUAGCAACGUUCCAGUUUGUUCGCUUUAUGGUGCUUGUGUAGACGAUACUGGAUGCACUGACGGAUUUUCCACAGACUACUGCCAAAGCUACUUGCUGUCUGAUCAAUCAAGCCCCAGUCUUGGCACCCAGACUUCAUAUACUUGCAACAGUACCUCGCAAAGAGCACCAGUACUUAUUUUUGCAUCAGCACUAGAUACUCCAAUGAGCGUGCUAGCCAGCACAACUUCACUUUCUGACAUAUUGGUUACCUCAUCAUUGAAAUCUGGAUUUAUUGCAACUCCUACAUUUUCUGGUCUACGAUCAACUUCAAGUCCUUAUACUUCAUUAACUACCUCCCCAUCAAGCUCCAGCUCUAGCUCCGAUUCAACGCCAAGUAUAUCCCAACAAACAACAACCGUAUCGUCAAACCAUGUCAAUUCUCCUCAUAGCAAUACCGGCACAAUAGUAGGCGGUACUCUCGGAGGCAUUGCCUUCAUUACCCUAAUAAUUCUCACAAUUUGGCUCUUCCGUAGACACAGAAAAAGGCACGCUGUAAUAUCAAAGACCGAAUCGCGCUUCGAUGUGAGAGAUCCUAGUGAUCACGUGCAUGAGUUAAUGGAAAAGAGCGGGAAUACACCUGAAAUCGGAGGAGACAUGCUCAGAGCAGAGAUGGAAAGUCCAAGAAUGAAUAGGGAACCAGCUGAGAUAGAAAGUUCUAUACUCAAUAGAGAAAGGUUUGAGAUGGGGGCGUAA